GCGCCCACCUAUUCACGCCAGUCGCUCUCAAGUUUCGGUCACGUUAACACACGUGCACACCUUUCGGGUGUUGUGUCUUGGUUUGGCGUGAUCUUCGCUCCCACGUUGGGCUCGCAGGGCUCGUACGUGUAUGUUGCCGGUGGCCCCGCGUGCUGUUGAUGUGCUGUGCGUGUCUUUCGCGGGAAAGGGUUCAGCCCCUUGGAAAACUUUCGUUCAUUUCGCGUUUGAUUGUUUUGGCUUUUCAUUUUUCAUUUUUUCAUUUUUUACUCUCUGAUUUUGCCGGUUUCUUGGGGGUGUCGUUCAAAUAUUGAAAUUACAUCGAGGGGGACGACCUGACACUUAAGUUGACAGUUUCAAACGUUUCGCCGUGAUUGUCCCGCUCUACUGGAAAAGGAUCGAAACUUUGUCGGUUUUCUCUCUUGACACAAUAUUGACAGCAGGUGAGAACAAAAAAGGGGAGGAAGAAGUGAAAUUAGUAGCUGGGGCUGGUGAUUGCGGAGCGCAGAUAUUACUAGACAGCGUGUGUAUUAGGUGUCUGUGUGUUUCAAAUCAGUGGAUUUUGUGGCUUGAUAGAGCGUGAAUCACGUUCGCUCCUGCUGUUCUUGUGUCGAGCACGUGCUUCUCAUCGGUAAAAUCGCCGCCCGCAUUUCUAAAAGGCAGAGAGCGAAACCUCCUUCUCGUUCAUUUCGCCUGCUGAGCAUGUGCUCCAAUCCGUCGGACUGCCCUGCAUCACGACUCGAGAAACAGGUGUCUUGUGCUUGGCAGCAGCUGGAUUAUUCGAGCCCAAAAGAAAGGAACCAAAGAUGACUCUUCUUCUCCCUCCUGCUGGUUAUUCAAUUCGUUCAUCUGAUUCAUUUGCUUUGGACUCGACAUAAUGAUUGAUCUCGAGGACGACGCUGCCCGGCAUCAAUUGAUUGAAAUCUUCUUUUCCUUGGUGUCUCCACCUCUGCUGCACGCCCGUGAAUCAACGUGAAAGCAUCAGCCCCAGCGCGCAAACAUUUAUUGACUGAUUGGGCGACACACAAAGGCCGGUCCACACACUCCAUCGUCGUUAUGUAAAGGUAAACUUCAGCCAGCGACCCAGCAGCAAUUUAUUUCACUCUCACACAACAAAACACACGACCAGCCGUUUUCUUAUUUCUUCUAAAAAAAAAAAAAGAAUUUCGUGAUUUUAUUUUUCCCUCCGCCCUUGCUGCCCAGUGCGUGAGUGACAGUGUGUGUCUUGGUUUCUCUAUCGGGCUCGUCAAUCUCCCUUUGCCUUUUUGUCCUCCCCAGACGCGGGACGGACUGGACUGUGUCAAUAUAAACGACAGCACGACACAAUCGAAUCGUGUCCACUCGAGUGGAAGACGACGGACACAGCCAGAAAAAGAAACUGAAAAAGGAACCCCGGGGAAGUGAAGAAUUUUCCUCCGCUCGUUUGGGUUCGAAAGCGCGUGAAUUUACUACUCAAUGGUGGACAGGCGGACAUUUUUUUUUGUUCUCAUCUUAUUGCAAAGGGUCUGGCCAGCAGUCGAAGUGGAUCUAACCGGCGUGUGCAGUGCCUAAGAAUUUCCAACCGGGACUGCCAGCAGCACCUUUCCUCGUUCUUUUUGGGUUUUGCCAAUCGAGAAGAAACACGGACGCUUUUAAGGACAACGAUAUCACCAGCAAGCGGGAAUCUUUCGUUUCGUUCGGUUGACGUGGUCGACUUGGCGCGAUUCGUUUGAAAAAUCAACAGAAGAAAAAAAGAAGAAGAAGAGAGAGAGAGAAGGGAGGAUCGAGCGUGACGGGAGUGACAAGUCGAGGCAUCCAGCCGUCAAGUGUUUUUUUGUUUUGUGCGCGUACCUGCUGCUGUUGCUGUACUUUGGGGCGUGAAUUGGUGUGUACGACAGAGCAGUGUCAAGUGUGUCUCUGUGCGGUGGUGUUUUUCUCGUGUGUUCAAAAAGUGAAAGAGAAAUUAAGAAGAAGAAGAAGCACAGCAAAAGGAAUCAGAAUGGGCUGCGCUACGAGUCAACUGCCGCUGGGCGGUGGCAGCCACCGUCAGAGACGGCAUUCAUCCUCGGUCAAUUCAUCGCCGCCGAACAACGUGACCGCCAUGUUGCCGGACAACCAUCAUCACAACGACGAGAAGGGCAAUCGCAGCGUCUCCCUGGCGACUAAUAACGCGAUUUCUCAGCAGCAGCAGCAGCAGCAACAACAGGCCCUGCAUAUCGUCCGCAAUCCCAGCAACAGUGACAACAGGCCGUCGUCCGAAAAUUCAGUGACGACGGGCAAAUGUCGGAAAGGUACCAGCGGAGAGCAACACAAUACCAGUCCGACCCUGGAGAAUGGGGUUCGUUUGAGUAACGACGUCCGUUUCGGUGCCAUGCGAGCGCCGCCAGAACCACUCAAGAUGAUGUUGAUCUUCGAGAGAGAGGAUGCCCAGAGUGACGCUUGGGUGUGGGCCUGCCGGAAGUUGGCCAGUCGCAACGGCGGCUGCAUCGGCACGGACAUGAGCCACAGCAACAGCCGCAGCAGCCACAGUAGCGGCGGCAGUAGCAGUAUCAACAGCAGCGAUGUCAAUCACCAACACCUGCUCGUCCGCAAUCUUCAGCCGGAGCUUGUCCAACGUAAAAUCGCCGAAUUGGAACCCAAUUUGAUUGUUAUCGACCGUCGCUCUGCCAGCCGAACGCGUGACGUCGACGCCCUCUGCAGGUGGAUUCGCACACAACCAGGCGGCAAUUACCCCAUCAUAUUGGCCGUCGUCAAACGAAAUUUGCUGGAACGCGAGGAAUCUCCUGUGAGCAGCAUCUUACAAAUCGGAUACGAUCGGUGCUACCCGGAGAGCGGCAGCUUGGGAUCCUGCCUCAGCGAGUUGCUGAUGCUGGAAAACAGCGAACUGCAGUCCCGCCAGCGUUUGCGUCUGGCCGAAGCGUCGAUGACGGUGGCCGCCGUCACCAGAGUUGUUACUCCGUUCUCCGUAGAAUUGGUGACGGUGACGGACGGCCAUUUCAACAUCCGUUACAUCAACCCGGGCGUGGAGCGUUUGCUGGGCUUUGCGGCCGACGAGAUCGUCGGCAAAAAUAUGAUCGAGCUGUACCGAUGCGACGCCGGCAACAACCGCUACGACAUCAACGACGCGGCCCAGCACGUCCUGACCAACAAGACCAGAGAGUGGGAGGGCAGCUGCUUCGUCCGCCGGAGAACCGGAGACUCGGUGCCGCUCUACACGCGCAUGAUUGCCGUUCACUCCACCAAAGCCGAAAACGAGACUCCCGAUUACGUGCUGUUGCUGCAAGAACCACCGCCGUUAUUCAUUGACAAAUCGCUUUCAGGUGAUAUGGGAGCUUACGACUUUUACCCGAUGCCACGGAGCUCUCUCCACUCGGUCAGAAAAGCUUCUUACGACGUCCGAUCCGUCGGCAGCGACGGGGCCAUCAUAAGACGCCAGAGUCUGGCGAGGCUACACUCGAUGGCCAUCGAAGGACCCAUCACCAAAGUGAUCAACAUCAUCACGGCUGCUCAAGAGUCCAGUCCCAAUUACAUCUCACAGGCUCUGGACAAGGUACAUAGCAUCCCUCUAAAGAUGGUAUUGGACAUCUUGCGCUCCACAGAGUUGUUUGCACCUCACGUGGCCGAGGUGAAGGGACGAAAUGAAGAUCCCGUCACGACCGAUCUGGUCGGCGCCCUCCUGCUGGGACAGAAGCAGCCCGGCUACAUUCGACGGAGUUCCAACGAGACCUCCUUGAAAUCCUCCCACAGCCAACUGUAUUCGAGACCUUUGUUGCCGAGCUUGAACAACAUCAGCAUUCCGAUCCAGCUGAGAGAGAUGUUGGAAAAUGAUUCCCAGUGGGACUUUGAUGUCAUCCGUCUGGAGAAGCUCACCGGCAAGCGGCCGUUGGUGUGGCUCGGGAUGACAAUCAUGACUCGUUUCGAAGUGCCGAGAACGCUCAAUUGCGACGAAGCCACUCUGCAAAACUGGCUGACGGUGAUCGAGGCCAAUUACCACUCGUCAAAUACGUACCACAAUUCAACACACGCUGCUGACGUCCUCCAAUCGACGGCCUACUUCCUCCAGCGCAACCGCAUCAAGGCCCUUCUCGACCCUCUUGAUUUAACCGCCUGUCUCAUCGCUGCCGCCAUUCACGACGUCGAUCACCCGGGCAAAACAAGCGGUUUCCUCUGCAACUCUGGGAACGAGCUGGCCAUUUUGUACAACGACCUGAGCGUCCUCGAGUCACAUCAUGCGGCGUUGGCAUUUAAACUGACGUGCGCCGAUGACAGAGUCAACAUUUUCAAAGGAUUGGACCGAGAGAACUACAAAGUCAUUCGGCAGAGUAUCAUCGACAUGGUGCUGGCCACCGAGAUGACCAAACACUUUGAGCACCUCACCAAAUUCAUCAACAUCUUCGCCAAGCCGUUCCUCCGCCAAGACGAGGAACAGUACGAGCCACCCGAAAUCGAUUACACCAGUCUCAACACUCAGGAGAACAUCAUCCUAGUCAAGCGUAUGCUAAUCAAAUGCGCCGACGUCUCCAAUCCGACACGACCUCUCAACAUGUGCAUCGAGUGGGCGCGCCGCAUCGCCGAGGAAUACUUUAACCAGACGGCCGAGGAGAAAGCGAAAGGACUGCCGGUCGUGAUGCCCCAGUUCGACCGUCAGACGUGCUCUAUCCCGAAAUCGCAAAUUGGAUUCACCGACUACUUUGUCAGCGACAUGUUCGACGCCUGGGACGCUUACGCCGAGGUGCCCGAACUGCUGCAACACAUGAAGCGGAACUAUCAAUUCUGGAAGGAGCAGGAGAUCAUGGGCGUCACAGGCCUACCGCCCGAGCACAUCAUUCCGCUGACGCCCACCGAGCUGGUGCGCAAGAUUGAAUUCGAGGCGCUGGCCGAGUGCAAGGAAACUGUCGAACCUGCCGAAGACAAAUAGAUCACCACGGCACCAAAUUUCACAUAUAAAUUAUCAUUCAGGGAAGAAAGAAAAAGAAGGAAAAAAAGUGAAAGGAAAGAAAUAACCUGCCCGCCCGCCAUCUUCCCUUUUUCUAUUUUUUUUUAAAUAAUAAUAACCACCGACGCCGUCAUUUCUCGUGAUCGAUUCGUCCGCGCCGUGCAGCGGACAAUCGGGUCACCGUUUCCACUUUUCUCGUUUUUUUUUUUUUUUAAUUCUCUUCGACCGGAUUCUGAUUUGAUUUUGUUGGGUUUGCAUUGUUGGUGGCUUCUUCCUUUUCCCCCUCACCGUUGCAACAACAACAACGGGCACCGGAACAUCCGCCGCCGGAAAGAAUAGGAGGAUUCCGGACGGACUGAUCAACCUUGCAACGGGAAAGCCAAGGAACGUGAAAGUGACACGCGCUUUCAAUAGAAGGAAGCGGAGCCCAAAACUGACGUCAGAAUUAGAAACACGCCAACACCAGCGGACACUGAUGAAGCUAGGCGAAUCAAGGAAAUGAAACACCGUCGCUUCUCUCUCUAUACUCUUUCCUUCUUCUCCUUUCGUUUGACGGAUGACUCCAUGUAUUAUUAUCACCCACUCUGAUCUUCCCCUAUAUGCUGCUGCCGAAUGCCUAGCCCCCCCCCCCAUUCGAUAUAUAUCGUGCGUCACAAGAAAAGAGAGAGAAAGAGAGGGAAUACUAAAAAGGACUAUUAUUAUUACUUACUCGUCUGUUUAACAUGAUGUACUGAUGAAGAUGAUGAAUCAAAUUUUCUAUUUUUGUGACCAUUUUGUCGCGUCGUGUUUCCUCCCAGAAACGUUCAACCCUAUUUCAUCCAUUGCAAUUCCAAAAUAAAAUUCAAUUUAAAAAGUAAAAAUGGGGAAAAAAAUGAUCCAAUGAACAUGCGAAAAAGUUGUCGAUGUAGAAUGUCCCCACUCUAGCAAACCCACCCAGCCUCUUCUUGAAUUUCCGCACCUCUCAUCAGCUGCUGCUGUUACUCUUGGCAACACAUCCGGCGUCGUUGUCAAGACAACCACCACCCCCCUAGAUAUCCAAAUAAAAAAAACAAAAACAAAACAAGUAUGAAUGCGAUGUCCAUCUAUAAUAUGUACCAGUAUACCUAAAUGCUAUAGGCCUACGUGAAAAAAAUCAUUCGUUCGAGAUUGCCAAAAUGUAUACAAACCGAUCUUUUCUCUCUGCCUGUCUCUCCAAACAAAAAUCUUAUAUAUACAUAAAUAUAUAAAUAUAUAUAUUUAGUUAUCAAUCAUUAUCAUGAUAUAUUCAAAAUGACUAUUAUUACAGGAAAAUAUUCGAAAGUGUCGUGCAUAUAAUUUCGUGUCCCCCUAUCGUGUAGUAAAUACACGGGCAGAGAAAAGAAGAGAAAACAACAACACCGACACACACAAAAAUGAAAGACAAAAUACCCAAAUACGCUUAUUCGCCUUGAUGUUUUUUUCCCUCCUCCAUGCCCAUCAGUCCCCCCC